CAUCCUUCCAUACCCCCUACCUCCCGUCCAAGGACCAACGAUCUCGUCUGACUUACUACGCAGUCAGCACAUCCUUCUCCGGGGAUAUCAUAGCCGCUCGGUUGCAGCCUGAGCAGGUUGAGCCCUCCUUCAGCACGUCCCGAGGAAGUGGGCUCAUUACCUGGCUUCCUAACCUCGCCAUCCUGGACUAUCAACACGCCACCAUGGCGACCCUCUCCCGUAUCCUCCACCUCUUCGAUAUCGUUGCGUCAGAAACCGACACCACCAUCAGGUUUGGCAGCAGGCGUCAACCACUGCAGCAUGACCCAGACGCCUACUACGAUGCCAUCCGGCAUCGGGUGCAGACUGCUCCCUCCGGGCAAUUUCCCUUGCCUCGUGUGAAGGAAGACACCAGGUGAGACAUGCAAGGUGAGAAAACGUGCGCCACCACCGAUCGCCAUCUAACUUGCAUCUUACCAAUCCGAAUUUGUUUAUUCUUCACCCAUGCAUACCCGUACAACACGAUUAGACCUUCCCCUUCCUGAAUACCUUACGUUUCACCUUCUACACACGAUUUAUCGCUAUCUCUUCCUUUCACUUACUACAAUUUUGCCAUCCAUGCUUGCCCAAAACCCAUCUGUCUUAUGGUUGUACGGCAUCUGUACGGCAUGUGUUUCGACACCGCCUCUCACCCCCCUCUUCUCCCGUCAUCACCUACACGUCACUCCAACCCUCCUUGUCACUCCUGGCACCAUCUCCCCCCUCACCCAACCUCCUUCCCUCUAACCCUCGUACAGAACCGUCCCACGACAACCAUUUCCCCAACUUCACCUCACGCAGUCGCUUCUCAACGACAUACUCGCUGUCACCCGCGCCACUCUUCUCCAAGCCGACACCUCCCUGACGGAUGUUUUUGACGCCCGCACCAAAAGGGAAUGGGCGACCAUUUGCCGCCGACGCAGCCUCUCUUGCCCGCCUCUGCUUGACGACUUCCGCUACAACGUACGACAGUUGCCCGACGUCCUCAUUAACAUCAACCGCCUUACCGUCGCUUUCUCCCUGCUUUCCUCCUCUCAUCUCCGCGUUAAUUGGUCGGAUGCAGAGAACACUCUAUGGACGCCGCAAGGUCAGCACGCCAGCACUUGGAUGGCCGCCUGCCUUGAACCCGGCAUGGUCGUGGAGACAGUAUGCUACAAGCACGACGCUAGCUAUGAUAAAGUCAUCACUCGUCGAGCGAUGGGCAUCGUUCUUUCCUUACCCCCUGAGGCCCCCAUCGGCGUCGUCUGUUUCUGCGGUGACUGCGCUACAACUCCUCAGCUCGCUGACCGUCUUCUCCACCUUCCUACCUUCGAGGCUCACGGUUGCACCCGCAAUGAGCAGUACCGUUGUCGCUGCUCCAGUGUGCCUGGCUGUGUCCGAGUCCUCGUUCCUCUGCGUGCGGGAACCCCGGUAUGGCGACCGUUGUGGAGAUGGGCCCGUUUGGAGCAAAUUUGCUGCACCAACCGACUGGCGGAUCCUGACUUGGACUGGGAUGACCUGUGGACAGCCAACCGACCAGCUCUUGCCCCUAACUCACCAUUCAACGACGAACCCCCACCGCCUGGUUGGGUGGGCUCUGGUUACCCGUCCGACGCACCGGAUGCCAUCCUGUGACACUACUCACAUUCCACC